AUGCGAAGGGUCCUGGCAGUCCCCUUUCGCCUGUGGCCGCUCCCCAAACCAAGCCUGCUUCCUGUGCUGUGUCUGCUGCUGAGCGGGAUUCGUCCCCAGGGCAACCCCGGUCCCAUGCAGUGCUACCGAAUUGGACUCUCAGGCAACUUGAACUGUUCCUGGAGGGCUUUGGGGGACUCGGAAGCCCCUUCCACGCUGCACUUUCAGAGCCAGAAGUACCAUCUCAGCGGGCCCCAGGUCAUGGCAGUGCCCACCAGGCAGAGCUGGGUGACCAUUCCACGGGAAAAGUUUACUGAGUUUGACACGCUCCUUAUCUGGGGGGCCAAGUCGGAUGAGCCUCUCUGGCCCCCAAUCUCUGUGGACCUGGAAACACGAGUGAAGCUGGAUGCCCCGUGGCUAUGCCCGGACAUACACUUUUCAGAGGAUGAGCCUAUGGAGACCACGGUCCAAUGGACCCCACCCACAUGGCUACCUAAUCAAGAGGACAUGGUCUGCCAGUUCUACUACCGAAGAUGCCAGGUGGAAGCCUGGACCCUGCUGGAACCAGAACUGAAGUCCAUACCCCUGGCCCCUGUUGAAAUCCAGGGCCUAGAACCAGCCACUGGCUAUGAGAUGUCUGGCCGCUGUCGAAUGCAAACAGAAGAAGAUCUAUGGGGCGAGUGGAGUCCCAUUCUGUCCUUUCAGACACCGCCUUCUGCUCCUAAAGAAGUAUGGGUGUCCGGGAGCCUCUGUGAGACCCCAACUGAACAGGAAACCCUGCUUCUGUGGAAGGCCCCAGGGUCCUGUGUGCAAAUAAGAUACAGAGUCCACUUCCAGGUCAGAGGUCAGGAGCAACUCCAUGAGGAUAUCCCCUGCUGUAGCUUCUCCAUCCCCACCCUGGCAGAGUGGGCUGGGGUUUCUGCCAUCAACGCCACAAACCAGGAGAUCUUCACCAAUCUUUCUUUGACCUGCUCAGGCUCUGCCCCCCACAAUGUGGUGGUCAACAGUACCUCUGACAGAAAGGUGCUGUUGGUGACUUGGUGGCAGGGAGCCGGGGAGCCACGGGAGCAUGUGGUGGACUGGGCUCGAGAUGGAGACCCCCCGGAGAACCUCAGCUGGAUUUGGCUGCCCCCUGGGAACCUCAGUGUCCUGCUGCCAGGAAAUUUCCAGAAAGGAGUCCCUUAUCAGAUCACGGUAACCACUGUCUUUCCUUGGGGCUUGGCUCCUGCCCCCUCAGUUUGGGGGUUCACAGAGGAACUAGUGCCCCUAAUGGGGCCAGAACUUUGGCGACUACAAGAUGCACCCUCAGGAUCCCCCACCAUAGCAUGGGGAGAAGUUCCAAGGCAUCAACUCCGGGGCCACCUCACCCACUACACCUUGUGUUCCACGAGCAAAACCGAGUCCCCUGUCUGCAGAAAUGUGAGUGCCAGCACCCGUAAUAUCACCCUGAUGAACCUUCAGUGGGGUCCUUGCAAGCUGUGGAUGACCGCGUCCACCGUGGCCGGAGAGGGCCCACCUGGGCCCAGCAUCCAGUUGUACCUACCAGAUAACACAGUGAAGUGGAAAGUUCUGCCAAGUGUCCUACUUCUGUGGUUGAUGCUUAUGAUAGGCCUGGUCCUAGCCCACUCUAGAAGGUGUGUCCACCUUUGGCACAAGGUGCUGCCCCACUGGGUCUGGGAGAAGGUUCCAGACCCUGCCAACAGCCACUCUGGUCAACCCCAUAUUGAGGAGGGGUUCCAGGUUCAACCCCUCGUGGACAUGCCCAUCCUGGAGGUGCAAGAAAUGGAGCCGCUGCCAAGUAUGGUGUACCCCCAGCCCCUUGCUGUGCUGGACUCUGGGUAUGAGAAACAUUUCCUGCCAACACCCGAGGAGCUGGGUAUUCUGGGAUCCUCCAGCCCUCAGGCUCUGGCCUAG